CCUCACUCACUGUGACUGACUGACUGACCGACCUACCCAAACGAUCAGGCACCGGGCGGACUCUCCAUUUGAAUCCCCAAGCCGUAGAGGAGAGAAGUUUUGUCCUUCUUCUACUAGCCAGGUGAUCCGAGAGAGGCGCAGGCUCUUCGUUUGCCAUGGCGACCGACCCUGGGAUCCCCAAGGUGGAGGCGGCGCCCGGAGGAAGCGGCGACGCAUCGUCUGAGGGGCGGAGGGGCAGCGAUCCUCCGCGCCUGGAUCUGAAGAAGGCCAGGAAGGAGAGGAUCUGCACCGCCAAGGAGAGGAUCAGCCGGAUGCCGCCCUGCGCCGCCGGUAAGCGGAGCUCAAUCUACCGGGGAGUCACCAGACAUAGGUGGACAGGUCGGUAUGAGGCUCAUCUCUGGGAUAAAAGCACUUGGAAUCAGAAUCAGAAUAAGAAAGGAAAACAAGUGUACUUAGGUGCUUAUGAUGAGGAGGAGGCUGCAGCUAGAGCAUAUGAUCUUGCUGCUCUAAAAUACUGGGGUGCUGGGACACUCAUCAAUUUUCCAGUGAGGAAUAAAUUAAUUUAUACUCGUGACUCGUUGAUGCCUCAUUAACUAUCUUGACUUGUAACUAUCACUGCUAGAGUUAUCCAUACUUAGCCAGAUUGGAUAAUUUCAAUGUGAAUCAGUUGAGUUUGGUUAACAUUAGUUGAUUUUCUGUGUUUAAUGAAAUUAUCCUCCAUUUUGUUGACAAGUUGUUGGAAAGGUCUUGAGUUCAAACAAUACAACUGUCAGUUGACUAGAAUAAGUCGAAUUGGAUGGGUCAUUC